AUGGAUGCUAGUCAAGUUGCAUUUGCUGCAGCAGUGUAUCUGCGAAUUAAACAUCAAUAUGCAGUCGAUGUAGUUUUUGUCUGUGGUAAGACUCGCACAGCGCCUAAGAAACUCCUAUCCAUGCCAAGGUUGGAACUGCAGGCUGCAGUCUUGGCUACUCGAUUAUCAAAGCUGGUGGUGGACAGACAUGACAUAAACAUAAGCCGUAUAGUAUUUUGGACUGAUUCCAAAACCAUUCUUUGUUGGGUAAAUUCAAGAAAUCGCCGAUUCAAACCAUUUGUUGGGCAUCGUAUAGCUGGAAUAUUGACCUCAACGAAAGAAGAUCAAUGGAGAUGGGUGCCAACUAAGAUGAACCCUUCUGACGCUGCAACAAGAGCCAAAGAGGUGCCUAAAAUAAACAAUGGCAACAUUUGGUUAAAAGGGCCAACCUUUUUACGUCAAGAACAAAAUAGCUGGCCAAAUGCUACAUUUUCGUUUUAUACUGACACGCCAGAAGAAGAGAUUACGACACCGAUAUUACUACAAUAUCAGGCCAGUGAAACAUUGAUAGAAUUUAACCGUUUAAGUUCUUUUUUUAGACUUAAACGUUCUGUUGCCUGGUUCCUAAGAGCUGUUCAAAUAUUUCGUAGAAAACGAGAUCCACUAUUUAUAGAAGAGUGUAAUAAUUGGCAGUCGUUGCCACCGUUAUUACCAAGUGAAAUCAAUGAAGCCGAAAAAUUUAUAAUGCAACUGGUACAGGAGGAUUGUUUUUCGGAGGAAAAGAGUUUACUUAAGCUUCAACAACCUCUUAACAAAAAAUGCAAACUAUACAAAUUAACGCCAUACGUAGAUAACGAAGAAAUUAUUCCUGCCAGUGGUCGCCUGGACGAAGCCAUAUAUCUGCCUCUUGAAGCUCGACGCCCUAUUAUAUUGCCGAAACGCCAUGUCGUCUCCGAACUAAUAAUGAAACACUAUCAUGUUGCCUACAAACAUCAAAAUCAAGCUACCAUUAUCAACGCUGUACGCCAAAAGUUCUGGAUUAUUGGGCCAAGCCACUUUUGA